AUGCCCUCUCACGGAGCACAACCACAGAACAGCGUGUCUCCUUUUAAAAUUACAGCUUCAGCAACGUCCGUUGGUUCCGGUCAACAAAUUACAGUAACCCUGGGCGGAACAGUUGACUUCAAGGGGUUUUUCAUGCGUGCACGACAGAACGGCGUGUUUGUCGAUGGACUGUUUCAACAGAACAACUUUGGCGCUCUCAGAUGUAAUGGACAAGGAAUGACCCAUACAAACUCCGCCCCUAAGAAAAAUGUUAUCAUACAAUGGACUGCGCCUGCUGGUCUUGCAGCCGCACCUUUGCAGUUUGUUGCAACGAUCGUGCAGCAGAAAACCUUGUUCUGGACGGAGGUUGCCUCAGCAGACGUCACCGUCGUUCCUGGCACAUCCGGAGGCGGAAGUAUAAACGCUGUCUCCCCUACAACAGGAAGUGGUGGCUUUCAGACCAUACAAGGACCCAGCGGAAAUAAAAAUGGCGGUAAUGAUGCAAAGAACCCUGGUGUGGUUGCCUUGGACCCUGCCUGUAGCAGAUCCAAAGCCUGCUUUCACGACUGCCAGGCGGGAGGUCCUUGCACCUACAUGGUCUCCUGGACUUACGACAAGGGGUCGCUGCUGUUUCAGUUCUUGUACAAGAUGCCAUCCAAGUCGGACAAGUGGAUCGCUCUAGGGCUGUCCCAUGAUGCUCUCAUGGGAGACGACAGCGUCAUGGAGUGUGUGAUGGAAAAUGGCGUCGUUCUAGUGAAGACAUCUUACAAUGAUGGCAAGUUUAACAAUUACCCAGACGACAAAUCUGCAGGUCUAUCCGAUUCCGAAGGUUCGGUCAAAGAUGGCGUUCUGGCUUGCAGAUUCCGGAGAAAGAUUCAGUAUCCGACCGAGCCCAAGGUCUUCGACCUAGGUCAAACUUAUUAUAUUAUGGUGGCCACAGGAGAGGCUGUAUCAGGUAACAAGUUCCCUCAUUCCUAUGACCAACUGCCCAAAGUGUCCACACAAAAGGUCAAUCUUCUAGAGAUUGGCAACGUCGUUCAUGGCUCCGACAAUAUGUAUCCGUGGAUACAGGCACACGGUUCCCUGAUGAUCAUAGCCUGGAUGUUUUUCGCCAGCAGCGGAUUACUGACAGCCAGACAUGGAAGGAACAUGUUCCUCAACACAAAACCUUUUGGUAUUCACAUUUGGUUCCAUAUUCACAGAGCAUUCAUGGGAACGACAACUCUACUGACAUUGGCUGCUUUUAUUCUUAUACUUAUUGAAGCUAAAGGAUACAGUUACAUUCCCGAGGUUUCGGGCAAAACGUACAGACUCAUUCACCCACCACUGGGUCUUGUCGUCAUUGUUUUGGUCCUGGUCAAUCCCCUAAUGGCGCUGUUUAGACCAAGCGCGAAGUCUCCGGCAAGAACCGUCUUCAAUUGGGGCCACUGGACGUGUGGAAUGCUAGCUUGGAUACUCUCUUUACUCUUGAUGGUGAUUGGUCUAGACCUCAGCAAAUCAGGAGCUGAUGUGGAAGCAAUUUAUGUUCUGUUUGCUUUCAUUGGCUACCAGCUGGUCAUUGAUAUCGUUCUUAGAGCAUUAGCGUGUGCAAAACGAUCCCGAUGUGGCUGUCCGCCUGAGAAUUGUUGUA